CUAAAGGAAAAAGCUUUAGCCAUGGUUCAACUUGUUCACAAGCUUUUGAACUUGACAGCUCCUACAAUCACCUUCUUCUCCCUCCUCUUUUUCUAUCCACCAUUUGUGUUCUUCAAGUUCUUUCAGUCUAUUUUCAACACCAUUUUCAGUGAGAAUAUUGCUGGAAAAGUGGUUCUUAUUACCGGGGCUUCUUCAGGGAUUGGUGAGCAUUUAGCUUAUGAGUAUGCGAGUAAAGGGGCAUGCUUGGCUAUUGUGGCCCGGAGAGAAGACCGGCUCCGGGAGGUUGUUGAGCAGGCUCGAGAGAUUGGUUCUCCUGAUGUGCUUAUGAUUAUUGCUGAUGUUUCUAAAGUUGAGGACUCUAAAAGACUUGUUGAUGAGACUAUGGAUCACUUUGGUAGAUUGGACCAUCUUGUGAACAAUGCUGGGAUCAGUUCAGUCUCCUUGUUAGAAGAUAUAACUGAUAUCACUGCUUUCAGAGGUCUAAUGGACACAAAUUUCUGGGGUUCAGCUUAUACGACUCGUUUUUCAAUUCCAUACCUUAAACACAGCAGAGGGAAGAUCGUAGUGCUUUCUUCCUCUGCUUCCUGGUUACCAUUGCCAAGAAUGAGUAUAUACAAUGCAAGCAAAGCUGCAUUGUUUGCGUUGUUCGAGACACUAAGAGUUGAGCUGGGACCAGACAUCAACAUAACCAUUGUCACUCCUGGUUUCAUAGAGUCUGAACUCACACAAGGCAAAUUCCUGGACAGUGAAGGCAAAAUGGUCGUUGAUCCUGAUUUGAGGGAUGUUCAAGUAAGUGCUAUUCCAGUUGAGACUUGUCAAGAUUGUGCCAAAGCAAUAGUGAAGAGUGCUUUAAGGGGCCAGAGAUACUUGACUGAACCGUCUUGGUUUAAGGUCACUUAUGCAUGGAAAGUGUUUUGUCCUGAGAUUCUUGAGUGGGGUUUUAGAUUGUUCUAUCUUACCAAACCAGGAACUGAGGCCUCACAAGCUACAAGCAAGAAGAUCUUGGAUUUCAUUGGAGCUCAGAACUUUCUCCAAGCUCCUCAAGAGGAUAAGGCUGACUAAUUUCCAGCUUAAUAACAUAGAUUGUUCGUGCUUUGCUUAUUUAGGGGAGUAUGUGAGAAGUGGCUUAUAAUGUUAUGUACAUAUUUAUAUAGUAAAUAU